AUCAAUCCUUUUGCUUCCUGCAUGAAUGUGCUUGCUUGAAGAGUCUCAUUCCAUGAGCCUUGCGGAAGGAAAGCAACUCAAUGGCACUUCUGCAUUGAAAUGCUAGCCAAAACUCGCAUGUAAUCAGGAAGAUGAACAAAAUUUGAUUCUCAAUAUGAAAAUUGUCAUUCUCAUGCUGCUUCUCUUCAUGUUCAUGGAGAUUACCCAUGCCGUACGAUUGACACCCCGGUCCUUACGUGAGUUCGACGUUCGAUUUCAGGGUGGUGAUCGAAUAGAGGCGAUAGAUCGUGUGGAGGAGAAUUGUGGCGGAUUAUCGGAAGAUGAAUGCUUAAUGAGGAGGACUUUGUUAGCUCAUAUUGAUUAUAUUUACACCCAAAAUGAAAAUCCAUGAAAAUUUUCUUGGUUUUUCUCUUGCUAGUUUAUUAAUGCCCUUAUGCUUUUGUUUAGUGAAGUGCUUAAACUAUAUUUUGUCUAUAUAAAUAUAAAAUUACAUAAACAAGAAUAUUUGUACUUGUAUUUUCUCCUUUUCACUUGUUCAUGUUCAAAAGAGUUAAGAGAUUACUUGUAGUAACCUUCAAAAUGUUUUCUUACAUUGUACUU